ACCUGCAACAUUUGUCCACCUGAAACUCCUGCUGUCCGUCUCUUCCUAACGUUAUCCGAGCAAAAACACAACUUUAAUUCAGCUUUAACUGUGAUUGACACAAAAGCUGAAAAACUUCAGGUUGAAUGGGAAUUAAUUAGCGUUAAUUAGCGUUAGCAAAGAUGAUUGAAAAGCUGAGUUUGACUAGUGACAGACUGCUGUCACACCGGCAGCUCGCCUGUCGUCACUCUUACUGUGGCCUUCCACUGCAUGGCAAUGAAAUGUUAAUUUACAGUAAUAUGGACUUAGAGCUGCAGCCACUGCUGCUAACUGGCCACCAUGGUGAGAUCAGUGCCAUGACUUUUGGAAAGGGAAGCAGACCUGUUCUCCUCUGCUCUGCCUCUGCUGAUUAUAUAAUUGUCUGGGAUAUUGAACUAUGCCAGAGGAGAACACAGGAGGGUAAAGUUGCAGCUGGAACAGUUAUCGGGACUUUACUGGGUGAAGUCAUCCAUCUUUCAUUUUGUUCCUCUGAUGAACGAGUGGCUGCGUGCUCAGGAGCAGCUGUACAUAUUCUCAGCUCAAAGAGACAUGAAGUGAUCUCUACCUUGACCGGCCACCUCGGACCUUUAACAUCAGCAGAGUUCUGUCCCUGGAAUAAAGACGUCCUUGUCACCACGUCGGAGGAUCGCACGUUUAAGGUGUGGGAUUUAAAAAUGGAAGCGGUGUGCUAUCAGUCUUUUGUGCUUACAGCCUCUCCACUGCUCAGUGUGUUCUUCUUGGAGGAGAACAGGCACCUUAUCACCGGUUCAAUGGAUGGACAGGUGUGGUGCUUUUCUCUCCCUGAUGACCACAAGUGUCACCUAGUGACUAAAAUGGAUCUUCAGAAGAUGGAAAAAAGACAUCAAAUGCACCAGUUGACAUUGAGCCAUGAAGCUGGGGUCGCAGAACAAUCAGCUGCAGAUAAAGUGGAGACUUCAAAACCUGUCCUCAAAAUGGCGUUAUGUGACUCAUUCACUGACACCAGUUAUGAGGAUAAAAAGGACAACAGCUGGUUAUGUGUUGGAAGCUCUGAUGGCCUGUAUGUGGUUGAUCUGGCUACCUCAGAACUCCUAACAGCACUAUAUUUCAAAGAUUACCCCAACCUGAGCAUCACAAUGGCUGGGUCGUGGUCAAUCUCUCCAGGGUGGUGUAACUCUAUGGUGUUUUUAGUGAGCUCUUUGUUUACUCCAUGUGUGGCCCUGUUGGAGUUACGCCUGUGUGACCUAGGGAGGAUCUGGGCUUGUGGUGAAGGGUUUUCAGUGUUCCCGAGUUCUCCUGCAUUGCCUGAAUCUCCUCUGAACGCUGAGUUAAAGAAGAAGGAACCCAACCAUCCCAAAAAGAAAGGAGGAAUAAAGGAGCAGCCUCUGGUUUUCCACUCGAAAGUGAAGUCAUCUGGAUACACCAGUGCCCCAAGAAGAAGUAUGUUUUCACCUAAAACAAAUAUUCAGAAGAAUCCUUCUUCUAAAAAAGAUGCCAAAAAUACAGGUUUAUUCCUCAGAGAAUAUCCAGCAGACAGUGCAGCACCUACUGUUCCACAGAUUGAUCUAAGCACUGGCAACAAACCGGUCUACUGCCUCCAGUACUCAGGUGACGGAAAACAAAUCCUGUGUGGUCUUGGCGACAGCUCGGUGUUAUUGUACAAGUCCUCCCUUACUGGCAGUCCAGCUGUCUACACAGGGCAUGACAAGCCAGUGAGCAGUGUAAGCUGGAGCCUCAACAGACAGUGGUGGCUAAGUGCGUCACAAGACCAGUCACUCCGAAUCUGGACCCAGGGCAGUCCAGAGCCUGUCAUUAUCAUGGGCAACAGUAUGUUCUCCAAACCCAUUAGAAGUGCUCAAUUUUAUUACCUCGACAAAUUUCUACUUCUGGCAUCUGGGCCGUCUCUAUACUUGUACCUGUAUAAUGUGGACAUCACACGUGACAGCAUCAAAAGAUAUCAGCAACGGAGCGUCGUCAAACUGGCAGGACGCUUUGCAACGACAUCAGCAACAGACAUCACUGCCUUGUCUGCAAUCAGUGAUUUCUUCUCUUACAUCGUUCUAGUGUGCGGUUCAGAUCGCUCCAUUCAAGUAUUUGACAUGAACAAGGGUACAGUUGCCUCAGAGCUGCCUGAUGCCCACAACAAAGCCGUCCACUGUGUUACACAGAACAAGGGCUCUAUGUUCAGCACACAAGCGCCGGAUUCACACAACCUCUUCCUCACAAGUGCGAUCACGGAUGGUGUGAAGAUCUGGGAUCUCCGUACACUAAGGUGUGUGCGCCGUUACGAGAACCAUCUAAAUCGUUGCCAUCCAUGCUUGUCAGCUAUCUCACCAUGUGGCCGGUUCAUUGCCUCAGGCUCUGAGGAUAACUGCGCUUAUGUGUAUGACAUCCGUAGCAGCAGCUACCUCCACAAACUUCAAAAACACUCAGACACAGUGCUCAGUGUGACUUUCAACCCUGCCACACCAGAGCUGCUGACUGGGACCCUGGAUGGGAAGCUGAGACUGUUUCAGUCCAGCAGUGGGGCCUGUCUGUCUCAUGACACCAGUGCUGCUGUGCAUAGCGUCCCCAACAUGACUGCAUAAUUACAGCAGGCUGCUGCGAAGACCAUGUAGGUUUCAUUAAAACAUUUCCAACCCCCUGGCUAGGAUUUCACUGGGAAAGAAGAACGAAAGGGUUUGUUUUUGGUUAUUGGUUAAAUGAAGAUAGAUACAAGUUUAAAGAGGUUUUGUUUUUCUUGUUAUAUGUGACUUUUGUGUUCUUUUCAAAUUGUCAAAAGGACCCACCCAUUUAAACAUCUUUGUUAAACUUCCAGAAUGUAGAGACUGUUUUUCUUUUGACUGAGAUUCAAAGUGAUAUCAGUGGUUUGAUUAAAUAUGUUUUCAUUUAACCACAUUAGUGUGAUGCAAUAUUUACUCAAUUAUAUGUAAUUACAGCUAAAUUUGCCAACAACAAUUUUAUCAGCAGUUAUUCCCAUACGUUCAUCUACAUUCUGGAUGGUCAAGCAUAAGAUUUAGUUUGUUCAGUAUGUGGAACAGAUGUACUUCUGUAUCACUGGCUGUGGCCACUAUACUUAACAGAUCAGCACACAGAGCUAUGACAUCAACUGGGUGCAACCUCUUUGGCUGCCAGACACACAGAUGCUACUACUGUUCACACUGACACACCCAUCGUAUUGUUUGAGCUGUACAUUUACUCUUCUCUACCUCAGUCACAGCAAAAUGUCAACUACACUCAAUUGUAAUAGAGCAGAAUAAAAGUAUGGGACUCUCAUGUUUGUCAAGUAUGAAUAAAUUGUUACAUCUUCAUCACAGUAUUUCUCACAAUAUGUAUUUAUGUAUGUGUUAAUGUAUCUGUUUUUACUAGAAGUAUAUAAGGUGUACCUCAAGGUUCGAUUUAAGGACCGCUUCUGUUUUCUUUUUUUAUUUAUGAUUUCUUGAUUUUUGGUGAUUGUUAUUAGUUACAUAUAUACUACAAUAUAUCCAUUGAAAUUAAUAUAUAUACAUCAAAGUCCUAUUUAGCACUAUUACCACAUUAUAUAUUUGCCACAGUAACGUGGCCCCAGGUAUCCCAUACUAUAUACUAUUAUAUGUACAUAAAAACCUCAUUCAUCACAUAUUAAAGAGACUUUUCAAACCAACUUUAACAUUUUACAAAGUUGACUGUCAGCUAACAAACUCAAUAAAACAAAGUCUUACACAAUAGUCUUUGGUAUGAGAGAGAACCUUAAAUCGAAAUCCAACUCUCUGGUUUUAGUUUGUAAUGAUGGUGCAUCUCUCCAGAAAGUUGAUCAAAUGAAAUGUCUGGGUUUAUGGAUUUACUCUGGACUUACUUUUAAACCACACCACAUUUUAUAUGUGCUCAUUUUGAUACUGGUGUUCUUUAUCUUUCCAGAAAUUGUUUUGAAUUUAACUUCUAGUUCGUUUUGGCCUUUAUCAUUAUUAUUAUUAUUAUUUUAUUAUUUAAUCAUUGAAAACAAAUUACAUUUAUUGAUCAUGUUUCAAGUCUCUUUUGUUAUUGCUAUUUUUAUUGAGUUGAGUUUUUUUUUCUUUCACAUCAUUAAAUCCACUUCAAUUUUACUUGUUUUGUUUAGGAUCACGAACACAAUCAAAAGGUUUAUGCACAAUACCAAAGUAACAACAAGAGACUACAUCAUGUACGACAUUUCAGUGGCAACCACUUUAUUUUCUUUGACUCUGGGAGAUCAGGCCACAAUUUUCACUUUUUCUUGCCCAGAAAAAAACUUUAUUUCCUACUGUGGUGCUAUUAUCACAGCCGACAUCUUAUAACCCACAGCUGUCUUAAGAGAGGCUAAAGGAAAACUCUACCUAUCUGUAAUGGAAUGAAAACCUCAAGCAUCACUCAUCCUUCGUCCAUUAGGAAAAGACAUUGUAUUUGACGCACUAUCUGACACUGACGCUGAUGAUAGAAUGAUAAAUCCACUGAUAGGCUGCCUUGUCUUAACUCCCUUAGAUGGAGGUAAAUUUUCAGAAGACUGCUCGUCCCUGCCUUGUCCCCUGUCCAGUAUUCUGUGUUUGAUUUACUCCGUCUCAUUGGACUGUGUUCUUUAAUUGAUACAGAGGCCGACUGCCUGUGAAGAUUGUUCUCUGUGCACCACCAACCUCAGCUGGGCCAGAUGAAAUAUAGCUUUGAAGUUGCACAAUAUCAGCUGCCAGGUUUCCUAUCACAAAAACUGAUACUGUUAUACAUUAAAGAAAGCAGAGCUGAGGCUGCAUAGGAUUUAUGGGGUGGUACCUAUUCUUUUGCCAUACACAUUAUGUCUAUGUAUAUGUGUGUACAUGUUUUUUAUGCCACAAAGAUAGGUAGCCUAUGUACUGGCAAGGUUGAGUCUGCCCUGUCACGGUGAGCUUUAGUGUUCCUCCA